AGUUUUGCAAGUAAAUAAUAAACAUUACGAAGCGGUUGUUAAAAACUAUUUAUUAAAACUAAAAGAAAUACUAUUUAUCAGAAAUUGACAAUUGAACGUAUUCCGGUAUUGUUUUGGUUGUUAAUUGUAUGAAAAUUUGUUCGUGUUCAUAUAUGUAUUACUGCUACAACAAUUUAUGAAUGAGCAGCAGAUAAAGUUUUGUGAAAAGAAAAAUAAUGAAAAAUUAAAGUGUGAGAUGGAGAGAAAAUAAUAACAUAUUUUUGUUACGAUUUAAGCGUUAAAUAAAUCUUUUUGUAAACAGUGUUAUUUUGGUGGAACAAAUAAAAAUUCCCGAGAAAAAAUUUUACGUUUUGUGUUUUUUAUGUGUGUCUAAAUAAAUAAUUAAAUGUGGUCAAUGUAAAUUGACAAAAUUAACAACAAAUUAAAUUAGUAAUAUAUCUUAAAAAAAAACUAUAUUUUAAUAAAAACAAAAGGAUAAAACAAACCAACAGAUCUUGGGCUAACUUUUAACACAAUUUCCAAAAAAUGACUACCGAAAUCCAAGAAACAUUUGGUGAUCAUAUGUCAACGGCUACAAAACAAAAAAUGUCCGAAGAAUUAGCCAGCAAUCAACGAGCUGUUGAUGAGGGCGGAGGAGAUGGCCCUCAAAAUCUGCCUUCAUCAAAAACAACUUGUAAUGACGCAGGCGCUCAUGAAAGCUCAAGCAGCAAUAAUAACAAUGAAGAAGAAGAUGAACAACAACAACAAACUAAAUUAUCUAUUACCAAAGCCAAACCCAUUAUCAAAGGCAAAUGUCAUCAAACAACGGCGGCACAUUCUGAUGCUGAAGAUGGUUUUCUUUCCACAUCACCCGAUAGUGCCAACGAAGAAUUGCUAAGCAAACCUAGUGAUUCUAUGGAAAGUGCUAAUAAUGGUCUCUCCACAUCUUUAACACAACCAACCUCAAUUUGCGCCUGUAAUAAUCCUAUGGGUUGUGUUAGUGUUAAGAAUAUUUUGGAAUCUUUUAAGGCUCCUCUAUCGGAAGAACAAGCUUGGGCUUUAAUUUAUCAAACUAUAACUCUAUAUCGUCGUAUAGCAGCUGCUGGUAAACGUCAUAUAUUUAAUGAAUUGGAAAUACCUGAAGCUGUGGAUAAUUUAAGUUUACAUUGUGAUGGUACUGUACACUGUUCCUGGUCGGAAGCAGAACGCAAGAAAAAAGAACAGAAAAUGCGUCAACAACAUCAAAGACAACAACAGCAACAGCAGCAACAACAGGAGGAGCAAAGUGGGGGUGAUGAAAAUCAUACACAACACAUUGCUUCUCAUAAAAAGAUUUUACGUAAUGUUGCUGUUAUUGUUUACAAUGCCUUGGAUUAUAAUCUGCACGAAGAUGAACAGUGUCAAAUGUCCCAAGAAUUGGAAGAACUUAUAACCCACAUGACAGAAGAUGAAACAGAUGAUGACUGUAUUGAUGAAGGCAUUGACGAGGGCUACAAGCGUUGGGACGAUGAACAUGAUGAAACCAAAGAAUUUGAUUAUGUGUUAGAGGCCUGCAAAAAUCACAUAAAACCCACUGUACCUGAAGAGCACUAUAAAGCCGUAUGUCGAGCACUUGUAACAGAAACUCUAGAAUUGCGAAUAUUUCUGCAGCAAGUUUUAAAUCAAGGUGCCGAUAAUCUACAUUUGAAAGUCGAUUCUCAAACAUCACAGCAGGAAUUGGCAAAAUUGGGCUUUAACGAUUGGGCACGUUUUUGGGUCCAAGUCAUCGAUGAGUUAAGACGUGGGGUACGUUUAAAGAAGGCCAACUAUGAAAGGGCGCCCACUGAAUACGAAUUAACACCUUACGAAAUACUCAUGGAGGAUAUACGAUCAAGAAAAUAUCAAUUGCGCAAAGUGAUGGUUAAUGGUGAUAUACCACCGCGUGUUAAAAAAGAUGCUCAUGCUUUAAUUUUAGAGUUUAUACGUUCGCGACCUCCUUUGAAAAAGGCAUCUGAACGUAAACUUCCCCCGCCGAUUAAGCGAACUCCUUCGCCCAGAGAACAGCUAAUGGAUUCUAUACGCCAAGGUCGUACGCUUAAACAUAUACCAUCGCCAACGCUUCCCCGCCUAAAAGAUCGACUACACAAGCGCAUGUCAAAUGCACAAAGAAAAUACAAGAAUAAUUUUAAAAUGACUACAACCACCGGUUAUAAAGUGUCUUCUUCGAAUAAAACGAAUAAAUCAACCCCAACAACACGUGCUUCCGAUUGUGUUGAUGAGGCCAGUGAUGCCUCAUUGUAUUGUAACCAAGAACCAUUGCCCACACCAAGAGCAGCACCCCGACCACGCACAAAUAAUCCAACAGCAUCAUCAAGUGCGAGUGCUGCGGCUGCACCUACACCAAAACCUCGUUCAGGUUGUGAACAAACACCUACACCAGUACCACCAACACCUCCCAGGGUUGUUGAGACUGAUGAAGAUGUGGACGCCAAUGAGGUCUCAUCGAAACAAUUAUCAUCCUCAUCCUUAAAGAUGGCAAGAUUACCUCAACUACUCCACUACUACCUACUACUACUACUACUGUCACUACUACUAUGUGUCUACUACAAACGUGCGAUGUCUGAAAAUUACACAGAGGAUCCCUAUAACCAGGAUGAAUAUCAUAGAUUCUUUGACAACGCCUUAGAAUCUUAUGACUUGGCCACACAAUGCGAGUCUAGACGGGUGUCGGCACGACGUCAUACCAUUGUCGGCUGUCAGAGUAAUUUCGAUGAAACACAUUCAAUGCCACCCUCACGACCGGAUUCACGGCAAUCGGAUGUGCAUGAGAAUGUUGGCGGUGAUAAUGUGAGCACAGCCAAACAGCUACACAAUAAUUACAAUCAACAGCAAGAACAUCAGCAGCAGCAACAACAACAACUAAAACGUUCACAAAGUCCUAAUAAUGAGGAUAUUAACAAGAUGAGCAAUUCUUCGUCCUCACUUGGCCCGUGGAACAAAUCCUUUAUGGAUGAGAAGACCUGGAACGAACGUGGUGAUGAUCGUCUUUCUCUUACGCUGGAAGAGAUUGUACACAUUCGUUCGGUUAUGACAAAAGCCGAACUGGAAGGUCUUCCCGUGGGUAUACGUGUCAAGGAGGAUGUUGAAAAGCGUAAAAUUUGUUUUUUAUGCCUGCGUACAAGGUUCUCGAUAUUUGGUCCCUGGGGUAUACAAUGUAAAAUAUGUCAACGUACCGUAUGUUCCAAAUGUUAUACCAAGAUGCGUAUACCUUCUGAACAUUUUCGCAAUGUUCCGCUUGUUUUAAUAUCACCCUCAUUAUUAGCAAGUCCCGCUGGUUCGAGUACACCCUCACCUUCUCAUCAUGCCCGCUACGUGCACUCUUCAUCGACGGGCAAUAUUUUAGAUGAAACAUUCCCUAAGUCUUUGAUUGAAAGACUAAUGGGUUCAGAGGCAGAGCGUAAGGCUCGCAAUUCGGUGGGCAGUGCACCAUCAUCUCCUAAACACCAAAGAUCAAAUAUGAGCACUCCCGGUAUUUUGGCCGGUGGUGGUGUUGAUGCUGCUGCUGCAGGUCAAGCAGUUGAGGCUAUACACGAUACUUCCGCAAUGACAACAUCAUAUACGGCUGGUACCACCAUCAAUUAUCAUCAUCAUCCACAACAACAACUACAGCAGCAGCAAUCGUCGGCGAUGAUGGCCAAUGGUGGUUACAGUUGUAAAGAAAAUCAAUAUGCCAACAAUCGACAUUUUAGUAUUAUGUCACGUAGUAUGGAAGGACCACGCAGUUUGCCUGUACAUAGUCCUGCUUCCAGACCACAUUCAAACAGCAGUACAUUGGAUAGAAAAACAAAAUUUUCCCGAGCUUAUACACUCUCCUCCUCUGGCACUCAACUGAGUCAAGAUCAAGAAAAAAUGCGCGGUGAAUUGGUGCCCGUUUGCAAUGACUGUCGCGGUCUUGUUAUGGAAAUUUCAAGAUCAGCCAAACAAAAACGUUCGUCGGCUCGCAAUCGAACCCUUAAGAAUCUCACACUUGAUUUAUCGCCUGUAUGGAAAUGAAGAGCGGCCGAGAAUACAGCUACUAAGGAAAUGUGUGUUUAUUUAAAGUAGAAGAGAAAUGCUAAGCAAAGCUUAUUAGCAAAAUGUUUAAAGUAAUCAUACUGAGACUAUGGGUGGAAAGAGAAAGAACUUUUAGUAAUUAAUAUAAACUAUAACUGAGUUUUACUAGAUAAAAGAACGAUAUGUCUGUCCCCUUUUACUCCCCCCCACUUAUUAAACAUAAAUAUACAACAGUUUGUGUUAAGGAAAAUCUCUGUGUAGUAUGAUGUAUGUAUGAAGUUGUAUGUAUAUGUACGUAAUUAAUUUGUACCUUUAAUUGUGUCUCUAAAUCUUGUGUGUGUAAAAACAACGUCUAACUAAUAGUGUAUGCGUAAUUUGUCUAUAAUUAUUUAUAUAUAUAAGAAUUUAUUGAUCAAUUGAAAACAGAUAAACAUUAUUGACAAACUUUAUAGAAGCAAAUUACAUAUUAACAAGAAUUUAAUAAUAAUCCAAACAAACAAACAAACAAAGUCUUCUUAUUAAGAAUUUAUCUUUUGUUUUAAAUGUUUUUAUAAGUUCAUAUCAUUUAAAAAGAGAAAGAGAAAAAGAAAACAAAUGAAAAAUGUUUUAAUUUGAAGAAUAUGUGAAACAAAAAGAGUUGUUUAAAUUUAACGCACAUUAUUUGCAAACGUUUAGUAAAUAUUUUGAAAAAAUUUUCUGUUGGAUUUUAAUUUAAUAUUAGUUUUAUGUUAAAGCUCUCGUUUAAUUUGUUUCUGUUUAAUUUUAUGUGAAGUUUGAUUAAUUUUUUGUCUAAAAGGACCUUAAUUUUCAUUGUUUUUAUUAUACAAAAAUCUACAUUUGAUUUAUUUCUAUAGUUUUUUUGUUUGUUUAUAGUUUUGUUUUAAUUAAGUAUUAAUAAUUUGCUAAUUAUAAUUCCUAUUAAGAUAUUAAACUUUAAACAAUACGAUUAUGUUUAUCAUAAGUUUUUUUACAUCAAAAUUUAUAAUUAAAAUAAAAGAAAAAACAAUGAAUAUUUAUAUUUUUCUUAAGCUAUUAUUAUAAAUUAUUAUAAAUAAGCCUUUAAUAACAUAAAAAACGAGACACCAAUAUUUUUUUUAAUUAAAUUUUAAUAAUUUAAGUUUUUCAACACUUACAAUUUGCAAUUCAUACAUAAACAAACACUUUAAACCCCAUCCCACCCGCUUUAUUUUAUAAUUAAGCUAUAAGUAUAAAUUUAAAAUUUAUAAAUGAUUUAUAAACUUCUUAUAAUAUGUAUAAAUCAUUUAUUAAAUUUUAAAC